GAGACGGUGAAAAAUGCCCCGCAAGAAGAUUGUCUGGCCUAUUCCGGCGGACUCGACACCUCGGUGGCCGUGCCCUGGCUCAAGGAGAAUUACGACGCCGAGAUCAUCACCUGCACCAUCGACCUCGGCAUGGUGGACCUGGAAACCAUCCGCCAGCGGGCCUAUGCCGUCGGCGCCUCCGAGGCCGUUACCGUCGACGGACGCGAGACGCUGGUCAGCGAGUUCCUGUGGCCCGCGCUUCGGGCCGGCGCCAUCUACGAGGGUUGCCGAGGACACGGCGCCCAGGCCAUCGCCCACGGCUGCACCGGCAAGGGCAACGACCAGGUUCGCAUCGAAGUCGGCGUGGCCGCUCUCACCCAGGGCGUCGAGGUCAUCGCGCCCAUCCGCGAGUGGGGCAUGAACCGCGAGGACGAGGUGGAGUACGCUCGCGAGCGCAACCUGCCCAUCGCCCCGUCCAACAACAAGUACAGCACCGAUGAGAAUCUGUGGGGCCGCAGCGCCGAGGCCGGCGAGCUGGAAGACCCCUUGAACGAACCGCCCGAGGACGCCUACGAGUGGACGGCCAACCCCAACGCCGCCCCCGACGAGCCGGCCUACGUGGAAAUUCACUUCGACGAGGGGAUACCCACCGCCGUUGACGGCGAGAACAUGGCCGGCGUCGACCUGAUUACCCAUCUGAACCACCUGGCCGGAGCCCACGGCGUCGGUCGCAUCGACCACGUGGAAAACCGGCUGGUGGGCAUCAAAUCGCGUGAGGUGUACGAAUCGCCGGCCGCCGUCGCCCUGCACGCUGCCCACCGUGGCCUGGAGACCAUGACGCUGUCCCGUGAGCAGACCCGCUUCAAGGAGCGCGUUGCCCAGGAGUACGCCGAACUGGUGUACAACGGACUGUGGUUCACCGCCCACCGCCGCGACCUCGACGCCUACGUCGCAUCCACCCAGCGCCACGUCACCGGCGAGGUGCGCAUCCGGUUGCACAAGGGUACGUGCGUAGUCGCCGGCCGCCGCGCCGACCGCCCGCUGUACAACUACGGCCUCGCCACCUACGACCGCGCCGACGAGUUCGACCACACCGCCGCCAAGGGCUUCAUCGACAUCUACGGCCUGCCCGUCCGCACCCAGAACCGCCAGCAGGGGUAG